AUGUCAACACACGGUGAUGAUCUCGAUCUUCUUCUUUCCCUUCAAGACAGGGUGCUAGAAACCCCUCCUUCUUCUCCUUCGCCCCAUUUACCUGGUAAUCUGAGUAGUCGGUUAAUUUUUGCACUCGGGAUAUACAUCCUUAAUCUCCUCAUAGGAUUUCUAUCUCCUCAGGUUGAUCCGGAAUUCCAAGACCUUUUCGAUGGCCCUACUCUUCCCUCUCGGAGCUCCGACGAGUUUUGCCCUUUUUUUCGUCGUCUUCCCGAGUUUAAGUUUUGGUACUCGAUAACAAAAGCCUUAUGUAUUGCUUUCGGUUUCAUCAGAUUGGUGGUUAUAAAUCCUGGGUUUGUCAUUGGUCCUCUCUUACAGCCAACUCUCAACACCACUUCUGAGUGGGUUAUAGGAUUGAUUGUAACUGGAAAGGAAAUAUUUCCAGAUGGAAUUUAUAGACUUGUUGAUAUACUUCAACUUCUCCGCUACCAAGUACCCCUAUUAAUUCAACGAUCGCAAAGUCUUCCAACCACCACCUUUGUCGUCGUCACAACUACACUACUGGUAUGUAAAAGAGUAUCGAUUGGAAAAGGGUAUCGAUUGGAGAAAAAGGGGGACAGUGUCAUUCAUUCAUGGUGA